CUGGAUGCUCAAGCAUAAUACUAAACUGAAUGUAAAGGAGGAGGGCAUAUCAGACCAUUCACCUCUUUUAAUUGUUCAAGGAAGUAACAAAAACUCUAGAAGCUUCAGAUAUUGUGACAUGUGGGCAUUGGACCCACUGUUCCCAGACAUUGUUAAAAGGGUAUGGGAUAAGGAAAUACUGGGGAGACCCAUGUACCAAGUGUGCUGCAAGUCGAAGGAAUUGAAGAUGCAUCUGAAAGGGCUACAUAGAAAUAAAUUUGGGAGGACAUUUCAGGAUGUAGAUGCCAUCAAGAUCAAGCUGCAUAUUACCCAAACUGAACUGAAAUUAGACCUUAUGAAUGAGGAAUUGAUUAAGGAAGAGAGCACUCUGAUCCAUAAACUGCAAGGAGUUAUGAAGGCAUCGCUUUUGAUGAUGAGUCAGAUGUAUAAAAAAGACUGGAUUACUGAAGGGGACUUAAAUUCUAACUGUUCAUCUCCUGUCUAAGGAAAAGACGACUCCAAAACCAAAUACUCAGUAUUAGAAACAAAGAAGGCCAAUUGGUAGAAGGGGAGGAAAAGGUGGCAGCAGUCAUGCUGGAAUUUUAUGAAUCACUUCUGAGAACAGAAUUGGACACUGCUAACAUUAGAAUAGAUGCCAUGGGAUAUG